AUGGGAAAAAAACGAAUAAUUGCAUUAAUUGAUAUGGAUUGCUUUUAUGUUCAGGUGGAACAACGUCUUCAACCUCAUCUUUAUGGUAAACCAGUCGCUGUUGUUCAACAUAGCAGUGGUAAUAAUCGAGGUGGUGGCUUACUUGCUAUAUCAUAUGAAGCAAGACCUUUUGGUAUCAAACGUGGUAUGUUUCCUGAGCAAGCCAAAACCUUAUGUUCUGAAUUGACACUUUGUUAUGUGCCAGUUGGCGAACAUGUUGAUAAGGCAGAUAUCACACGUUACAGGGAUGCAUCUGCGGAAGUAUUUAAAGUUUUACAUGAAUUUAAUUCACGAAUUAUUGUUGAACGGGCAUCGGUUGAUGAAGCUUAUUUGGAUCUUACUGCUUUAGUAGAGCAUAUCUACGAAACCACCGAUCCUUCGAUUAAGUAUGGGAAAUUUGAUGCAAUGGAUUUAUUUCCUACAACACAUGUUGCUAACGGAACAGAUUUGAAAUUGAUUAUUGGAGCUGAUUUGGUUGAACAAAUAAGAAGGAAUAUAAAGAAAAGCACUGCGUUCAAUUGUUCUGCCGGAAUUGGUAGUAGCAAGAUGAUUGCUAAAUUAGUUUGUUCACGACACAAGCCUGGUCAGCAGACUGUUGUAUUCAAUGAAGCUAUACCUAAAGUUUUCGAAUACACUCCUAUAAAUGAAGUGCGAAAUCUUGGUGGCAAAUUAGGAAGAGCAUUAAUGGAAAAAUUCAAUAUUAAAACAAUGGGUGAAUUAUCAGAAAUAUCGAUGUCACAUCUCAGCGAAUAUUUUCCAGCUCAAGCAAAGUGGAUAUACAAUAUUGCACACGGUAUUGAUGACGAAAAAGUUACUGCACGUGAUAAGCAAAGCUCAGUUGCUGUAAGUAAAAAUUUCCCCGGUGCUAAUGCUCUAAAAACGGAUGUUGAUGUGAAAUUUUGGUUGGAAGGUUUAGUCAAAGAAUUGGUGAAACGCUUAAUUGAUGAUCAAAUAGCGAAUAUUCGAACCGCUUCAACACUCCAUAUUGGUUGCACAACUGACAUACAUCUUACUAGAAGUAUGCAGAUGAAGACAUAUGAUCCGAAAGCUUUAUUUACAUCAGUUUGGGCAAUUUUUCGACAUAUUAACAAGUCGGGCAUACCGGAAACUUGGGAUCCAUCGGUGAAGAAUAUUGCGCUUUCCGCAGAUCGGUUUCGAGAAGGGAUUGAUGGUCGUUCGAAACAAAUCACAGAGUGGGUAACGAAAGCAAUAGAUGUAGCGGAAAAUUCAGUGCUAGAUGCUUCCACCGGUGAAGAUACUAGAAGUUUAGCCGUACCUAUUGAAAACGUAGCGAAGACUUCAGUGCAAACUUCGGCGGAUGUGCAUCAUUCACGAAGAGAGGUACAGGAAGAGAAUGAUGAUGAUGAUGAUAUACAGAUUAUUUCUGAUACAAAGAAAGAAAAAAAAGUUAUCACUGCUGCUAUCCAUUCUAAAACAACGGCUAAAAAGCGAAAAAAAAGAAGAGUAAUGAAAAAGUUGAGCCCACCGACAAGGAAAAUAUCAGAUUUUUUCAAAAAACAAUAA